GAAUUAGAUAUUAUUCUUAAAAUAUUUCCUCGGGUUCUCGUCGGCAUCGCGCAUCAUGAACUCGCGGUUCUCGAAAUCGAAUCGUACGUACGCGAGCGCGAGUGUCAAUGUCAGUGCCACGAGUAUGCAUCUGGAGGAGCAGCCGGGACGAACGAGAGACACAGGAUGUCGGAUGUAGACAGCGCUACGUCAUGUAUCCUCAAAUCAAGCAGAGCUUGCAGCGGAUGUUGUUUCCAGGAAUAUAGUUUUCCAUGGACGCGAAUGCCACACCAGAGAAUCCGGUUUGGACCGAAGAAAGCCGACUCGAAGAUCUUCUCUUUACAACUGAGAAUCAACGAAGAUGGAUUAUUGGCAAUACAUUGGAAUAUUAUGACCUAUCAGAGCCUGGGGCCACAUAACGACUGUGGCAUUGCCCGAGGAUGUAGUUUCCGUGAAUGCUGCACCGGAGGAUCCGGUUCGGGCAUAACAAGGUCGGCUCGAAGAAUCGUUGCAGAAUGUGGCCGACCUUGAGCUUCUGUGAAGUAGUAAGUCAAACAAAUGAAAGUUGUAUCAAUAAUUAAAAGUGGUGAGGAUGUUUGUAGAAUUUCAACAAUGAGAUUUACAUAGUUUGUAGACUUUGGCAUGUAUAUGUUUGUAUUGUCCAUCAAUAUUCACUGCUUGAAACAAUUAGAGGAUCAUACAUUUAAAUGUCUGUAUAAUAUUAUAUAUCUGUCUAUAUUUGAUAGACAGUUAGAAUAUUAGAAAGAUCGUGUAAAAUUACAACCGCGUAUACAAUUGUCAACAUACAUUUUUGAAAUUAACAGAAUAACAACAAUGUUUAAUCAGUGUAGUGUUUAUGAUACGAGCAUCAAUAUUUAUAUUAAAUUUUUGUGAAUCGUUAGAUUUUGUUUACUAGUCAUUCCAUCACUAAAAUGUUGAAUUAUUCGACGAAACUCAUGUUUAUGCAAUAUGAUCCACUGAUUGUAACGACGAUAUUAUUUGAACGUAAACGAUAUAACAUGCGCCUCAAAUUGGCGCAACAAAAGUGCGCAGCAAAAUGGCGCACUCAGAUCGCACAAAAGAUUGUGCCAAAAAUUGCGCAUCCGAAUGGCACAAAAGAUUGUGCCACAAAUUGCGCAUUCAGAUUGCAUAAAAGAUUGUGCCAAAAAUUGUACAUCUAAAUUGCGCCACUAAUUCGCGGAAUUCGCGUUUGCUUACUUCGGUCGUGAUACUAUUUUACAAUCGCGUUGUUCAAUUAUCAUUUGAAUUGCGAAAAUUAGAAUUGUAAAUCUCAUGAAUGAUUAUUUAUUUUCAAGGAUUAUUUGUUUUCAAUAAUAUUCUUUUUUCGGGAUUUCAAGUUCUAUUUACUGAAUUUUAACGUCUUCUUUUUCUUUUGAAAGAAGAAAUAAGAAAGAUUAUGGGAAAAAAAGUUUCUUGCUUUAUUGCCGAAUAAUAGCAAAGUUAACCAAAAGUACAGAAUGAAGUAUUGACAUUUAAUAAUGUCACAAAUUUUUCACGAGUUUGUAACAAAUUAUAAUACAGUUUCAGUCGGAAUUAUCAUUCGAUAAAUAUAUAUAUAUAUAUAUAUAUAUAUAUAUAUAUAUAUAUAUAUAUAUAUAUAUAUAUUCACUGUUUUCUUUAGAAAGUAGAAUUUUCGCGAAAUAUAAAUCUCACUUUUUGGCAGAAUACAAUCGUUCAUGAAAACGGGAUAUUUCCUUUUGCUUUCUUUAGCUUAUCGAGUGCAUCACGAUUUUUUAUAUGCGAUACACGACUCAGUAAUAUAUUUUCAAGGCGCUUUAGAAAAUUGUCGUAAGUUUCUCGUUAAAUUUCGUUCGUUAAGCGCCAAUAAGAUUAUCGCUGUUGCAAGUGCAGCGAAAUAUUUUUUUCAGCUAAUUACUGUUAUGAUCAUCGCUGCUGCAAGUGCAGCGAAAUAUCCGUUAAUCGCCGUUAAAAUUAUCGCGACCGCGAGUGCAAUGAGAUAUUUCGUUUCGUGAAACUCCAUAAAAAUUAUCGCGUUUGCGAGCGUAAUAACAUAUUACAUUUCGUCAAAUGCGAUUGUGAAUUCAAUGAGACAUCUCAUUUCGUCAAAUACGGUUGCAAAUUCAAUGAGAUAUCUUGUUUCGUCAGACUCGAUGAAAAUUAGCGCGGUCGCGAGCGCA